AUGCUUCGAAACAUGUGGCCAAUAUCUAUUGUGAACCCUGACGAGAUCGUGCAGUACCGUACCUCCAGCUACCUCAAGAGGCAGACGGAAGCUGCCACGAUGCCGUCAUCAGCCGAACUGAUGCGGAGACUGGAUGAAUUCGCAAGGCAGAACCCCAAAAGCAGGACGAGCAAAGCUCUGAAAGCCAAAGAAAUAUCCUUGGAAGCCUUAGCCGAAGCCAUCAGUCAGACAUGCAGCUUUGCUGAACCCUCGUCACUGGAGAAUCCGAAAGGGCUCAGGCAGUGGGGUGACGAUGUCAGGCAGUGGUACCUGUCAGAGUUCCAAGCUGACAGACAAAGGCAGAUGGAGGCCAGAUCAUAUGAUGACCAGGGCACAAGUGUGCAGACGAUUACCAUGAAGGUACUUGGGAUCCCUGCAUACUUUUCCAGACAGGUGGAAAACUUAUGCCUCAAGCUUGAAGAGCAAGGCUUGAUCGUCGAUCAGACGCAAGACAGCAGGAGCCUGAUCUUCAAGGCUCCCUUGAAGCCUGACCUUGUGCAGGCAGCGGAGAUCCCAGCAGUGAUCACAUUUGUCCGCAAUGAGGCGGCUGAGAAACUCUGGAAAGGAGAAGGUACCUUCAAGGUGGCAGGCAGGAGGAUUCUAGCAGUGAACCCAGCAGCCAACCCACCGAUCUCGUUCAAGAUGCGGCCAAAGAAGGAGAACAUGGGCAGAGUUGGAAUCCUAGCUGAGGUGGCCCAACUCCUGAUGCUCAACGAUUCGAGCACAGGGAUUAGCGAUCAUUGA